CGGUUGGACGUAUUUGCCGGUGUCUAAGACAAAACAAAAACGCUCAUCCUCUGUAACUGGCGUCCAGGCCGUGCCCCAUGUUUUCUCGCGCUUUCACAUCCUAUGCACUCUCUCGUCUCUCUAACUAGGCAAUUACACACACUCUCUCUCUCUCUCCCCUCUCUCCCUCUCCGGUUUCAACUGUCAGUAACCACCAACUACAAAUACUACUAGUUUCUUGCAGGGGUGCAAUUCUGAUACACACACAAACAUGUCUAGCUUCAUGGGUGUUCAUGUAUCUGAUCAAUGGCUACAAACCCAAUUCACACAGCUCCAGUUACUCAACCUCAAAGACAAAUUUGUAGCGGUAGAGAAACAGAAUGGUAUGGUUACAAUUGGGGAUUUGCCAUCUUUACUUGUACAACUUAAAGCUUCCGGGGAGGUGUUCACGGAGGAAGACAUUAGGCUUAUUUUGCGAGAAUCGGAGUCUGAUAUGAGUAGUGAGGUUGAUUUUGAAGGGUUCCUCAGGGCUUAUCUUAACAUACAGGCACGAGCUGUUGCGAAAAUGGGCAACUCCAAAAAUUCAUCUUCAUUCCUCAGCUCGACCACGACUACCCUUCUACACACUAUAAGUGAAUCAGAGAAAGCGUCUUAUGUUGCGCACAUCAAUAGCUAUCUCAGGGAUGAUCCGUUCUUAAACCAAUUUCUUCCUAUAGAUCCGACUACAAAUUAUCUAUUCGAGCUUGCAAAGGAUGGAGUGCUUUUAUGUAAGCUUAUCAAUGUUGCUGUGCCAAAUACAAUUGAUGAACGGGCUAUUAACACCAAAAGGUCACUCAAUCCUUGGGAAAGAAAUGAGAAUCACACACUUUGUCUUAACUCUGCCAAGGCUAUAGGCUGCACAGUAGUUAACAUUGGCACUGAGGACCUGGUUGAAGGAAGACCACAUCUGGUACUUGGGUUAAUAUCACAAAUUAUAAAGAUCCAAUUAUUGGCAGAUCUUAACCUUAGGAAGACACCUCAGCUUGUGGAAUUGGUGGAAGAUAACAAUGAUGUUGAGGAGAUUAUGGCUCUAGCACCUGAAAAGGUGUUAUUAAAAUGGAUGAAUUAUCAUCUCAAGAAAGCAGGCUACAGAAAAGAAGUAACGAAUUUUUCUUCCGACUUGAAGGACGGGGAAGCUUAUGCUUACCUGCUUAACGCUCUUGCACCAGAGCACAGCAGUCCAUCCACCUUAGAUGUCAAGGAUCCUGCCAAAAGAGCAAAUUUGGUACUUGAGCAUGCAGAAAAAAUGGAUUGCAAAAAAUAUGUAACACCAGAGGAUAUCAUUGAUGGUUCACCCAACCUAAAUCUUGCAUUCGUUGCUCAGAUAUUCCAUCAGAGGAAUGGCCUGUCUACCGACAGAAAGAAGAUUUCUUUUGCAGAGAUGAUGAUAGAUGAUGAACAAAUAUCUAGGGAAGAGAGAUGGUAUCGAUUAUGGAUCAACAGUCUUGGAAUUUCUUCCUAUGUUAAUCAUAUGUUUGAGGAUGUAAGAAGUGGUUGGAUACUUCUGGAAGUGCUAGACAAGGUCUCCCCAGGAUCUGUAAAUUGGAAGCAGGCAACGAAGCCUCCUAUCAAAAUGCCAUUUAGAAAAGUAGAGAAUUGCAACCAAGUAAUAAAAAUAGGGAAGCAGUUGAAGUUUUCUUUAGUGAAUGUAGCAGGGAAUGAUUUUGUGCAAGGGAAUAAAAAGCUUAUACUUGCUUUCUUGUGGCAAUUGAUGAGGUUUAAUAUGCUACAGCUUUUAAAAAAUUUGAGGUCUCGCUCCCAGGGCAAGGAGAUUACCGAUUCUGAUAUUCUGACAUGGGCAAAUGAAAAAGUAAGAAGUGCAGGCAGGACUUCUCAAAUGGAGAGUUUCAAGGACAAGAACCUUUCCACUGGAUUGUUUUUUCUUGAGCUUCUCAGUGCAGUGGAGCCGAGGGUUGUGAACUGGAAUCUUGUAACAAAGGGUGAAAGUGAUGAAAAGAAAAAGCUGAACGCUACUUACAUAAUCAGUGUGGCACGAAAGCUUGGAUGUUCAAUAUUCUUGUUGCCAGAGGACAUUAUGGAGGUGAAUCACAAGAUGAUACUUAUGCUUACAGCCAGCAUCAUGUACUGGAGCCUGCAGCAUUCAUCCGAAGAGCUAAAACCGGCUCAAUUGCAUGCUGCUACUAGCAAUGGUAAUACUUCAGCUGCUGCUUCAACUGAUAGUAAAUUGUCUACCUUUCCUGCGGCUGCAACGUCCGUUGAUAGCAAAUCAUCUGCCUCUCCAGCGGCUGCAACGUCUAUUGACAGCGAAUCAUCGGCUUCUCCUGCGGCUGCAACAUCCGUUGAUAGCAAAUCAUCUGCCUCUCCAGCAGCUGCAACGUCUAUUGACAGCGAAUCAUCUGCCUCUCCUGCGGCUGCAACGUCCGUUGAUAGCAAAUCAUCUGCCUCUUCAGCGGCUGCAACGUCCGUUGAUAGCAAAUCAUCUGCCUCUUCAGCGGCUGCAACGUCUAUUGAUAGCAAAUCAGCUGGAACUUCCGCUGAUAGUGACGAAUCUUUUGCCUUUCCUGUGGUUGCAACUUCCCCUAUUAGCGAACCUUCUGCCUUUCCCGUGGCUGCAACUUCCUCUGAUAGCGAAUCUUCUGCCUCUCCCCCUCGGGAUUCAGUUGAUGUCAAGUCAUCUUCAUGCUCCCCUGCUUCCUCUCCUACUGCUAAGGAUUCCUCGGGUGCAUGUUGCAUGGAUUGUCACUCACCGCCGACUCCUGCCAUUGCUACAAGCUCCGACGCGGCAACUAUAGCUAAUCUCAGUGAUGAAGAUGAAUACUCCUCUCUCAUUAAGAGAGAAAAGGAAAGGAAGGAUAACACCUACGGGUCAUGGCGAGGUUUUGAGCUUGACUAUUGAUGAUGCCAGCUCUAGUGCAGAGGUUCACAAUGACAAAUCAUCACUGCGGAGACGAUAAUUUGCUAGUGCACAACUAGGAGUGUCAUACAAGUAGCCGAUAGAAAUGAAGAAACAUGUAAACUUGUACAUGAAGUUUCUAGGGAUAAGAUAUAGGUCUUUUUAGGGUAAUUUUAAGUAUAAAUUGCAUUUUGCAUGUCUGAAGUAUUUUUGUUUUGCACUGAAAUGGUUAAAUAAUUUUCAGACUAAGGUGAUGGCUAAAUUAUUUUAUAUUAGUCAA